AUAAAAAUUAAAAUUUGAACCUAGACUUUAUACAUAAAUAAAAAAUCGAUUAUUAAUACUUAUGUUAUUUAUUAUAAGUUUAAUUAUAAAUAAUUGAAAAAUGUUGGUAAGAAUACCUCAGACAUCAUUGACGACUGCUUUUAAAAAUAGUUGUUACAGCUCUGCCCAUGUAAGAUAUUUAAAUUUAUUGCAAAAAUGUCGGUUUUCAUCUCAAGGAGCACCAGGACAUUUACAAAAAAUAUCACAGAGUGUCACUGGAUUUCCACCGCUGUCAGAGCCAGUUUUGAAUUUACCUAAACCUAUUUAUUCAACAGCCAAAGAAGAAGACCAGACGACACAGAUAAGUGUCUUGUCAAAUGGAUUGAGAGUUGCAUCAGAAAAUAGAUUCGGAAAAUUUUGUACUGUAGGAGUUCUAAUUGACUCAGGACCUAGAUUUGAAGUCGCAUAUCCCAGUGGUAUUUCACAUUUUCUUGAAAAAUUAGCUUUUAACUCAACGAAAAAUUACAAAAGCAGAGAUGACAUAAUGCUGACGUUAGAAAAGCACGGCGGUAUUUGUGACUGUCAAGCAUCACGAGAUACAUUUAUAUACGCAGCGUCUGCUGAAAGUCAAGGCUUAGAUACAGUAACUAAAAUUCUCGGAGAUAUAGUUCUAAGGCCAGUGAUCACUGAUGACGAAUUGAGUUUCGCCCGGCAAACUGUUCAAUUUGAAUUGGAGUCAUUGCAUACUCGACCUGAACAAGAGCCUUUACUCAUAGAUAUGAUCCAUGCCGCUGCAUAUCGAGAUAAUACACUCGGUCUUCCAAAAAUAUGUCCAUCAGAUAACAUCGAUAAAAUAAAUCGCAAUAUUUUAUUUACGUAUUUAAAAAAUCAUUACACACCUAAACGAAUGGUUGUAGCUGGAGUUGGUAUUGAUCAUAAUGAUCUAGUCAAUGCAGUUCAAAAGUAUUUUGUUGAUGAAAGACCGAUUUGGGUUGAAGAUAACACUCUAGCUUCGGACAAAGGAUCUUAUGCAGUAGAUAAUUCAAUAGCUCAAUAUACUGGAGGAUUAAUAGUGGAAGAUUGUAAUGUACCAGUUUAUGCAGGACCCAGUGGUCUUCCUGAGUUGUCUCACGUCGUGAUAGGACUUGAAGGAUGCUCGCAUCAAGAUCCUGACUUUAUUUCAAUGUGUGUUCUUAAUAUGAUGAUGGGAGGAGGCGGUAGUUUUAGUGCUGGUGGUCCUGGUAAAGGAAUGUACACUCGUCUUUACACUAACGUACUCAACAGGUAUCAUUGGCUAUACAGCGCGACUGCAUACAAUCAUGCAUACAUAGACACAGGUCUUUUUUGUAUUCAUGCAUCAUCGACACCCGCGCAUGUUAAAGAAAUGGUACAAGUUAUUGUUAAAGAAUUAGUUGCCAUGUCUGGAAAUAUGACCGAAAGCGAAUUAGCGAGAGCCAAGAAACAAUUACAGUCAAUGUUACUAAUGAAUUUGGAACAAAGGCCAGUUGUUUUUGAAGACAUUGGUCGUCAAGUCCUUGCUACGGGAUCAAGAAAACGUCCAGAAUAUUUCAUUCAAGAAAUAGAUAAAGUAUCAAAAGAUGACAUUUACAAAGUAGCACGUCGUUUACUUAAAUCUCCCCCGAGUGUUGCAGCUCGUGGAGAAGUUAAAAAUCAUUUGUCGUUGCCAGAUAUCCAAGCUGGUCUGUUGGAUACUCAAGGUCGAAUGCCAGGAUCGCGGAAUAGACUUUCAAUCUUCCGCUGAUGGGUCAACAAGAUGUUCGACCAUCUGUUCCAUUUUUAGCCAAACAAAUAAAUUUAUGUUUCGGUAUCAUUUCAUUUAAUCGACUGUAAAAAAAUAAUUGUAACAUUCAUUUAAUUUAAGCCAAAUUACUGAUAUGACAGCACUUUUAUUUUAAAAAAUGGAUAAUAUUCAACUAGGAUUUUUUUAAUCGCACAAAGUUAGUGCGUGUAUAUGUUCAAAUAAAUCGUUAAUUCUAUUUA